AUUUUUUUCAAUGCAGAGGUCGGGUGACGCCCCUCCCCUGUCUCUCCAGCAUCAGCACCUCCAAACCGAACGAGGCGACCCGCGGCUGGGAAAAGAUGCUGUCCGCGCGAUGCCCACCAGCUUGAGGAAACAUAACGCUGGGACGACUAACCGUGAGACGCUCGAGCCGCUUGGUCAAGGUGAUGAAGGUCCUGAUUUUGUCUUUUGAGGGCGCCGCGCGAAUGUAGGGCUAACACAGGAAAGCCAAGCAAACAAAAGGCAUCCAGCCCCCCUCCUCUGACGCACCUGGCUGCCCUGUCGCCACUUGACAUGACAGCGCAGAGCUGGGAGCAGAGCAGCAGGAUCAAGGGGCACCGACGUGCAGCCGGACGUGUGGACUCGACAAAGAACAGGGGAGCCACCGGACGCACGGCGGAGAAGCAGCAGCACUCCAGGGGAGGCCGGAUUGCAGUUUCUGGGGACGAGCGCCAAGGGCAGUGCGGCAGUCAGCAGGCAGACCGGGGGGAGGAGGCUGCGGAGAUCUGUGAUACUUCCCCCCCAGGCCCCAUUGCACUCUCCCCUACACAUCAAAAUAUGAUGGUGGAUGAUUUUAUGUUUGAUCAAUGGUGACUGUGAUACUCCCUAUACUUUAUAUAUUUGUUUUUAUCCUUCCCAACCAAUCAGUGGUGAUGGGCAACUAAAAAAUCAGAUCUGCUCUUCAGGCAAGGGUGGAACCCGGAGGGGACUGAUGUGCAUACUAGCUAAGUAUCAUUUGCUCCCUACUUCUCUGGUUUUGCUCAUUUUGCUUGUCGCCUGGACUAUGGGCUGUAUUCAGAGCAUUGCAUGCAAGCCCCGCAUCAGACGGGAGAACAUUGUGGUGUAUGAGGUGUCGGCCUCUAUUGACCAGUGUCCCACCAUCAUUGAGGAGAACUCACCGAUUGUGCUCCGUUACAAGACGCCUUACUUCAGGGCCUCAGCAGGGGUUGUGAUGCCACCAGUGCCCCGCAAUGAAACCUGGGUGGUGGGCUGGAUCCAAGCUUGUACCCAGAUGGAGUUCUACAACACCUAUGGGGAUAUUGGCAUGUCCAGCUGGGAGUUACCAGAACUGCGAGAGGGUCGUGUCAAAGCCAUCAGUGACUCGGAUGGCGUGAGCUACCCUUGGUACGGCAACACCACCGAGACAGUCACCCUGACCGGACCCACAUCCAAACCGUCCCGUCUGACGGUCAGUAUGAAUGACAACUUCUACCCCAGUGUAACCUGGGCAGUGCCCAUCAGUAACAGCAACACACCCAUGUUGACCCACAUCACCAGGGACCAGAGCUUCAUCACCUGGCUGGUAGCCAUGAACUCCGUCACCAAGGAGCGUAUCGUGUUGCAGACGGUUCGAUGGAGGAUGCGGGUGGACAUUGCCGUGGACCCAGACAUGCCUCUGGGCUCUCGGGCCUCUUUGGUGGGCUGUCCUUACCAGGAGCAACCGCACAUCCUUAACUACCAGGAGCCCAUUCCUCCCAACGCACUGGGGAGGCCGAAUGCUAAUGACGCCCAAGUGCUAAUGUGGAGGCCAAGGAGAGGGGCACCACUAGUGGUCAUACCGCCAAAAUAAAAGUAUAAUUGUUCCCUUUUGCAGAAAGAUGGGGAUGAAGGUGAUCAAGUCUUGAAGACUAUCAGAGGAGAAAUGAUUUCCCCACGCUGGAGAUGCCAGUGGCUCAUUAUCCCCGAAAGAUUUAGGUGGACAAUUAUAACGAGCCAAAGUGGAUAUUAUGUCUUGCAUCUGACACAGUACGGUGUCAGAAUGGAAGUAUACAGAGAACUAGUGCCAAGGGCCUCGCUUGCAUUGAGGCUUGUUCGGCCCUCAACGAGUUUGGACUGCUUUUAAAAGUUCUGCCUGCUUUUUAGCAAAGAAGGAACGCUGUUUUUUAGACGUACCACAGAGGUAUUAGACCACAACAAGAACUGCAUCCUGCAUCCUUAUGUAGAUCUCAUUGCAUGAGAGAGUGAGAGAGAGCCACAUAAACUGUCUUUGAGAAGUUUAAGAAUAACAUUUGUUUUGUAUAACUUGAUACCUGAAGACAUUUUGAUUGAAAAAUCAGCCAAAAAAAAAAAAAGGAAAAAGAUUUAGGCUGGUUUAACCUCGUCAGUGCCAACAAAGGCCUUUUUCAGCACACUCAGUACCAGAGUUAAAGGAUGUAUUCAGAAGAUUUAAAAGAGACAAAGUAUUAAAGUAUUAUCUUUUUAGUUUAAGAUGAGCUCAUGCAUCAGUCAGAUUGUAUUAAGAGCACUCACCUUGCAUAAAAGAAAAACAAAUAUGCUGUAGUUUUCACUCGAGUUUUGCUAAUACAACAACGUAUUUUCAACUCAAUUGCCUCUGUAGUGCAGCUGUUGUUGUAUUCAGACGGGCGACAAACUAUCAGAGCGAUGAGCUGGACUUGUUACCACACUGAAUAAAUAAUGUUGGCUCUGCUUUUAA